AAUGGAUAUUUCAGCCACGGUGAAAGAUCUAAACUCGGCAAAUAUCAGCAUAAAGUCAGUGAUCAAUAUUGAUCUCUUCCCAGGAAGUAUUCUGAUAGACAGGGAUACCUACUUUGAGCUUUGGAAGAUCGACCAGAAAACAGGCAAGCUCAGUCUGGUGACGUCUUAUAAAAUAAGGAAUAAGAUAAAGCAACUCAAGACAUUUUAUUGCCCGAUUCUCAAGCGCGAACUUAUUUUGAUCUUGAUAGAAGAUGUCAGACUCAUCAUUCUAAAUUUUGACUACGACCUGCAAGAAUUUGAGAAAAUAGGUCUGUACAAUUUCAAAAAUUACGAUGAUUUAAGUGGGAAAAUCCAAAAUAAAAAUUACGCUGACCAGUGCUUGAAUGUUUACAGCACUCAACAAGAGAGCAUCAUAUCCUUGGUUCUUGCAGAGAGAUGGAUAGCUUGCAUUAGAACCAAAUCUGAAGGAGAUAUGGAAGAUAUAUCUCAAGAGAGAAAUGACACUGAUCUCACUAAAGGUGAAAAGAUUUCAACACUUUUCAAUGAAGUAGAGUAUUAUAGUCUCAGAGAUUUGAAGAUCAAUGAAAUCAAAGAUCUCAAAAUCUUCAGGUCCCCUGAAGAAGGAGAUCAGGAACUCUAUUGCUCUAUUCUGUAUGCCAAACAUACACAGUUUGAUCGUAGAGCCGAAAAACCCCGAAAUAGAUGCAUUGAUGUGUUCAAAAUUACAGAAAAAGAAGUCGGUGAUGAACGAAAUAGAAAGUUAAUUGAUGUCAAGCAAAAUGAGUUUGAGGGCCUGGCCUCAUUUUCGAAUGUCAAGAAGAUCAGGAACCAGUUUAUGAAAAUCCAGCCUCCUCUUAUAUCCACUAAUUCAGCAGGUGAGAAGAUAGUGAAGGUGCUAGAUAUCCAAUUCAGGUGGGAGGAUCUUGACUAUUAUUGCUACAAACAAAUUGUUAAUGAUGGAUUAAUAAUCAUUAUUUCACAUCAUGUUCUCUAUGCCUGAGACUUAAAGAAGGGGUUUAGGAUCUUUGCAAUGAGCACUUUAGGGCUAUUAAGCCUUCAUUCGAGUUAUAUCAAAGAUUAUGUGAACCUAUCGUAUCUCAACCUAAAUUUUGGGAAUAACUUCAGGUUCACUAUUGAUAAGGAAAACGAGGGAGGACUUCAUUUGCUAUGCACCUUAAAUUCUGGAGAUAUUCACUCUUUUAAGUUUACUAAUACUGAAGGGGGAAUUGAAUUAGAUACCAAGUGAGUUUAUAUCCAGGAAGAGAAUCGGACAGUUGCUUCAGGAAUUGCCUUGACAAGAAUUAAUCAUCAAAUAUAUAUUUCUUUGAGUAGCAGAUAUUCAGACUUCUUACUUUACAAAUUUAUGAAUGAAGAAGAUGCUAUGAUGGAAACUGAAAAACCUGCAUCUCUAUUUUCUCUAAUUAAGGAACAAGCUCAUAUAGAAAUCAGCAAAGAUGUAACGAUGAAAGAAGAAACUCCAGAAAUUCCUGUCAAAGAAGAAGACAUUGCUACUCCCCAAGAAGACUUAAAAGCAGAAGAAGAAAAAUCAAAAACACAAGAAGAAAAAUCAAAAACACAAGAAGAAAAAUGAAAAACAGAAGAAGAAAAAUGAAAAACCGAAGAAGAAAAGUGAAAAACAGAAGAACCUCUUGAAGACUCUCAGUCAGCAGAUAAAACUAACAAUCCUGAGCCUUGCAUCCCAGCCCCAAUAGUUAACCCAGAAGACAUCCAGAUUAACUUAGUUGACAAAAUUCAUGUCCAUGGGUCUCUCGACAACAUUCAAUUUAUUCAAAACAAGUUGCUCAAAUCAGAGACUCCCUCCACUUCUCAAUCCUCUCCUCAUCAAAAUCUGACCAUGAUCCACACCAGUGGGUUCGGGCACCAAUCCUAUAUGCAUUUUCUCAAAAACCAUCUGAACUCUCGCCCAUGGCUCAUUCACAAGGUCGACAAUGUUGACAAGGUCUUCCCAGUUUCAAUUGAGCACAAGGGAGAAACUAGAGAGAGCUUUGUCUUCUCCUCAGAAGACCAGUGGACGUACCUCUUCAUCCUUGAACAAAUGAAGCUAGAGGAGAUUACACUGUCAACCUCUAUUCUGCAGUCAUGCCAGACGAUCCUCUGCUCUAAUGUAGUUUACGACCAAAUCCUGCAGGUUUCUAAGCAACAGAUUGCUCUAUUCAAGCUUGACUUCCAAGAGAAGGUAUUCUCCUUGGAGCUUGAGGAAGACAAGUCUUACAAGAAUAUCUUCCUUGGAUGGGACAAGUCCACUGUGUAUCUGAUAGAUAACAAGGAUGGAAUCUAUAUUUACAGUAUCAAGCAGGGUGAACUUGAAGAAGACACUGAACUAAAAGAACUUAUGACCCAGACCUCAAAGAUCCUUGGGAGCAAAUCUCAAGUUUUGAGCUUAACUGAGUCAAAGUUUUCUACCCAGAAUGUAAACUAUGAAACUGACCAGAAAGUUUACUUCAUUGGCUCUUCUAAUAGCUGUUUUGAGAUUUUCACAAGAUCUGAAAAGAUAUUUGAGUCAAGAGAGAAUCUUAUUAAACUUCCAUCAUUAAUUACUGAUAGAAAUGAAUCUAAAAUUGCAGGAAUUAGAUGUUUCACUGAUUUCACAGUUCCUAUCAAGAUGACAAAGGAUGAAGAGAUGUACAAGCAUCCUAGCCACUGAGCCAAGGAGAUGCACUACCAUACAUUCAAUAACAACACUUAUCUCUUUGUAGUCCUCAUCAACGGACAUUUGUUGAUCUACAAGCAAAUUAUUAAUAAGACUGACAAGUAUGAGAUCAGGUUCAAGAAAGUAAACAUUCCCCAACUCUUUGGUAAGAAGAUGCAUGUGGAGCUCCAGGAUUUUUCAUAUAAAGAACAGUCCUCUCUUAACUUCAAAAGGGCUAGAUCCCAGACAGCUUCAGAUCUUCUUCAAAAUACAACCGAGGUUAAGAAAAUGAGCAGAUUCCUUCUCAAAAUAAUGAAUAAUCAAAUGAUUUAUAUCAGAGAUUUUUCUCUUGUCGUACAUGAAAUACAGGGAAAGUUAUUCACAUACCAUCUGACAAAGAGUGAAGAUGAUGUAAGCCAGCUGAGAGCCAUAGAUAGUUGGCACUGAAAGCUCACAGAUCAAGUCAAUUUCAUUAUAGCUGAUAAAAACACACAUGUAAAGAUUUUUAGUCCUCAAAAAGAAUUCAACUUUGGAAAGGAAACUCAGAUUAGAUCUGAUAUCCCUCAAAUAAGGAAGAAGAAUCCAGAUUCAAUGAUUUAUAAGAACAUUUGUCUUUAUCAUACUCUGAAGUCUGAAGAUUUUGUUGUAGCCGGAUGAUUCAAAAUGGCUAAGAAAUACAAAGAAAUUGAAGUUCCAGCCCCAUCUGAGAGAAUUAUUGAAGAACCUGAAGAAGUUCCAGAAGUAAAAGCUCAGCAGCCAACUUCAGGUCUUGAAAAACCAGGAUUCCCGCUUCUUAAGCCUAUAAUUCCAGAUGAGCAGACCCCUCCCUCUAUUCCAGGGCAACCAGAAGGUGGUCCACCUAUUCCUGGUACUGUAUCUGCGCCAAACGGAUCACAAAUACCUCUCAGACCAGGUGCACCAAUCAUCCAUCGUCCCCAGGCUGCCAAAGAUGAAGAAGAUGAGGAAGAAGAAAAGUCAGAACUUGAGAAAAUCUCUCCUGAACUUUUCGCCAACGAAGACCUAAAACCUCUCAAAGUCAUCGUUGAAAUCCCUUGAGAGUACCAGUACACCUUGAAAAUAAUAAAAAUUGAUGAAUCGAUAUCUGGUAGGGACCCUGAGAAAGAUAUGAAGGAUAUUUUCGAAGAUAAAAAGGAAGAGGAAACCCCAUUUACUCUUAAAGAGUAUUCCACAUUUGAGUUCUUACCAAAUGAGGUUAUCCUAGACAUGAAAAACUGUAAUCUGACUUGUGACAAGGGCACCCAAGCAGAUUAUGUCUGUAUUGGAACCUCAGUUAUUAAACCUACAGCAGGUGAAGGCGGCUUCUAUGGAGCUAGGAUUCUUGUUUUUGAGAUCCUCCAUGACCUUGAAAAAGUAGCAGAAGGUAAAGAGAAAAGAAGUGCUGCUAUUAUUGAUUGAUGUAGAGGAUAUCUUAUUUCUAAUACUGAAGGAGCAGAUUUUAAUGCUAACACAAUUGGGUUCAAGGUGCAGCUUUAUAGACUCAGCAAAGUGAAAAAGAAGUUGAUUGAUCCAAACCCAACCCAUCCUACAAAGAUCAUGGCUACAACAAUUAAUGUCCUAGCAUGUGAGAAGACUAAACAAGAGCUGAUUCUCUUUGGAGAUGUACGUAAAAGUUUCACAAUAAUGCUUGUAAAAGAUAUGCAGAAUUCUCAUUUCCCUGUUCUAAAAAGAGCUUAUGAGUGUUUCCAAGAUAUUUCUGUAAAAGCAACUGAGCUCUGGAAGAUCUCUACAAAUAAAUUUGAACCAGUUGCGAAUUGUGCUGCAGUAGUCUCUACUCAAGAUGGUAGACUGCAGCUAUACACAUCAAUGUAUCAAUCCUUGCAACUUUCUGGAGAAAUCUACAUGGAUAUGAAGGUCACUGCCUUAAAAAGAAUCCCAACUGGACUAGAUUCAAGCUCAAUUCUUUUUGUUACUCAGAAUGGUAAAAUUGGUGUGUUUUCUCAAAUCGAUAAGAAGAGAGAACUCUACAACGAAACUCUUCUAGACUACAUCUCCCACUUUCUCCCAUGGCAAGGAGGCCUCUCUCCCAUCCACGGUAGCUACUACCCUCGCCUAAACUACAACCACGGUCUCAGAAAACUCUCUAUAAAACCUGUCAAAAAGAUCUCAAACUUUGAAGAAUCCUUCCUAUUUUACGAACUCCCACUGUUCAUCCAAAGACCUAAAAAAUCCAAAUAAUCAGCUUCCAAUCUAAAUUUUCAUCCCUG